UUGAAAUUCGUCUGCCGGAUGAGAAGGGAAAAAAGUACAAUCUGUAACCUAUAAUUAUAAGUUUUUUCUUCGUUUCGCGUUCAGUUGGGCUUUCGAAGGCAUAUCGGCGGCAGGCGCACCACGUUACGAACGAACGAGAACGACGUGCUUCGGGUAAGAGACUGGAAGGUGCUAUCGGUUGAAGAAGAGAGCGUUCGUCGGGAAGGCAUUCGCGAGUGUAUAGGUGUGUAUGACGCGUUCGGGUGCGCUUCGGCUCCCUCUAGAGUGCAGCAGCAUUGCGCGAGAGUGUGCGAAUCGAUAUUUCGGGGGCCUUCGCCGCAGCGCGUAUCCUCGCCUCUCUCGCUCUCACCCUUUCUACUGCAGCUCGAGCCAACCCUGCCUCUGUGUUUGCCCCGUUCCAAGUCCCGGGACCUAAUGAACGCCAGUGAGAAGAGGACUUAAUAAUAGUGUUUAGAGUUUAAUUUCUGCUUCUCUCAUCAAGAGCAUCUCGGCAGCCGUAGCAAGCAGCAGCAACAGCAGCAGCAAGCCUAUACAACACAACGCUCGGAUGCUGGAGUAAAACCGCGAUCUGGACCGUCCAAUUUUGGUGGUUAUCCCUGGCGAAGAAAAAUUGAACACCGCGCGCGCCAAUCCACGGACCAACGAGAAUACGACGGCGCUCGGGCGGACAGACGGACGGAGUCGAUUAUCCGGCCCCGGGUAGAAUUACAUAGUGCUAAUCCCGGAGAUUUUGGUGUGUUUUACGUGCUUUGUAUGAAGGCCCUUUGUUUUACGCCCUCAUCUGCCUCGUGACGUGUACAAAUCAGUGUGCUUUUUGACCAAUGUGCGAACCGCUUUUGACCCACUGUGCAAAUCGUGUGUUUUAAGGUUGCGGAAAAUGUGGUGCGUGGAAAUAUCCGUAAUUAAUGAGAUUAAAUGAGCAAGCGGGCUUGGAUUAAAGUGAUACUUAAGCCGUACCAAGAGCUUAGUGGUGUGUGUUGAGCGAUAGGGAGAUGAACAUCGAUUACCCUUUGACGAAGAGUGGUUUGGACCAGGAAUAACUCCAAUUGCAGUUAGCGCCGGAAGCAGAACAUCCCCAUAGGAAAGGGGCAUCCCGUGUGAGUCCUCAAGAUGAUGGCCUCACCGAGUUUCAUGACCCAGUAUCAUAAUCAUCAUCAGUGGAACAAUAGCAGCCAUCAGACUCAGCUGUCACCUCUCAACAUCCUUCCGUAUCAGUACCCGCCUCAGCCCCCGUCCGUCAGCAGUCUCGGCUCGGUGGCAUCGCUCGGUUCGGCGGGACUUUCUCCGACGCAGUCGAUUGCCUCCUCGAACGGAACCGGAGGAGGGGGAGCUGGUGGUGGAGGUGCCGGAGCUAGCACGGCCAGUAGCAGUUUCAGUACGACCGGUGGAGGCGGUUCGAACGCCGCCAGCCCAGACACAGUGACCAGUGCAGCAGCCGCCGCCGCUGCCGUUGCCGCCUCGUCUGCCUACGGCUUCGGCGCCAUGGUCCAGCAGAGUCCUGCCACGGCGGCAGCCCUGGAGAUGACCGCAAGGUCGCAGCAGAUGCACUAUCCUUCGUAUCAGUAUCCGGCGGCCAGCUACUACAACAACAUGGCCGGAAAUCCUUGGUUCGCGCAGGAGUCCAUGUACCAGGGAUGGCACGGGGAAGCGUAUGGGUUGAAGCUGGAAGACUACUCGCACCAAACUCAGGCGCAGCGUCGCUGCGCUCGUUGUACCUGCCCUAAUUGUAUCAACGAACUGUCGGGUCUGCCACCGGUGGUCGGUCCGGAUGAGAAGGGGAAACGGCAGCACAUUUGUCAUAUACCGGGGUGCGAGAAGAUCUACGGCAAAACGAGCCAUCUGAAGGCGCAUCUUCGGUGGCAUACCGGCGAGCGGCCAUUUCUGUGCAAGUGGUUGUUCUGUGGGAAAAGGUUUACGAGGUCGGAUGAGCUGCAGAGGCAUUUCCGUACGCAUACAGGGGAGAAGCGGUUCACGUGCAGUAUUUGUAGUAAGAAAUUUAUGAGGAGUGAUCAUCUAGCGAAGCACGUGAAGACACACGAGAACAAAGCGAAGAAGAUCGCCAAGAAAAGUGAGAAAGCGGAAGAGGCGAAGAUGAAGAAGGAGGAUGCGAAGUUAGGGAAAGUGGAGUGCAGUGGGAAGCGGUUGGAAGUCAGUGAUAAGGUAGGACAGUUGACAGUGCCGAAGGUGAAGAAACUGAAGAACAGUGAACAGCAAGAGGAUAUCAAUGCGAACAUUCGAAUGCCUCAGAUCAAGCAAGAGAAAGGGUAUGAAAGCGCGAGUAAGACAUUGUUUUCGGGUAUGGGGGAGUACGGCCAGAGUGGCGGCUAUCAAUCAUCGGCAAUGAACUAUCAUCAUCCGUCGUACUUCCAGAGUGCAUUUUUACAAGAAGCGAGUAAUCCGAGUAAAAAUUUGUUCCAUAAUCCGUACUGCGAUAGUGGCUUCCAGAGCCGAUCGAAUUUGUUCUCUACCUCGACGAAUAGUAGCAGUGGGUGUGAUUCGAUAGAUCGACGAAAUAAUAACAACGCUAGUAGUGAGGUUAGCAAUAGUCUAGUGAAACUGGAAGAGUAUACCAACAGUCACAGUCUACUGAACAACGACAACGGUGCCAGCGGCCAUCAGCGAAGUAGCUCCAAUAAUAAUCUACUACCUCAUUCGCAAGCUCAAGUGUACCACAUCCCAUCAGAAAUAGCGUCCAAUUACGCGGCCUAUUCGAACGUAAAGCUAGGUUCGGCCGCCUACCACCCCGGUCACCACCAUCAUCAUCACCACCCGCAUCAGCAUGGUAGCGGUAAUGGCGGUAGCAGUAGUAGUGCUUACGGUGACGUUAAUCCAACAUCACACGGUGGUUCAUCUGUCAACGAAUCGAACAAUAACAACAAUAACGGUACCUCCUCCUCCGCAGCGGCGGCAUCAUCGGCGGCUUCAUCAGCAGCGGCCGCCGCCACGUACAACAUGAUGAUGAACAAUUACACUAUCCAUCAUCAUCACCAUCACCAUCUCAGUCAGCAACAACAACAGCAGCAACACCACCACCAACAGGAGAUCGAACUAUUCAAAUAACUGCGUAACUGUCAGUUGUCAGGCGCGGCAGCGGCGGCGCCUAUUGUUUUGCGCGCGCAUUUUAGAUACAACGCAGUCUUUGUUGCCGUCCGUCGAAGCAACCUGUCAAAAAUAUGAGAUUUUUGUGACGUUCCUUUUGUCUGUGCAUCCAAGUAGGCUCGAACCGAACCGCACGGCAUGUUUUGUUUUUAAACACUUACUUUUCCUCUUUUUUUAAAGUUAAGAGCGAAAGACCGCGCGAUGAAAAAUGUGUUUUUAGUCGGUUAGGAAAUAAAAACCCCUCUCCCGAGUGCCAAUACAAAAGCUUUAGAUAUUGUUGUUUUUUGUUCUGUUCGAGAAGCAAACGUGAAAAGAAACAGAAAACUAUUAAAUUAUGUCAUGAUUUAUUUAUGUUCCUACAAUUGUCAGCGGGCGAAAAGACGUGGAAAAUAAUAUACUCAUAAAAGGAAAAGGGUGGCUUGAGAAACCUCGUUGAAGUGAGAGAAAACAAAACACACUCGUAACGUGCGGAUGUGCUAACCCAUACACUCGAAUGCGCCAUUAAAAGCGGUGAAAUUAGCAAUUGUAAAAUAUAAUUAAAUUUAUUUAUAUUUUCAUCAAUCAUCUCAUACAGCCGCUUGCGGUGCUGUCGUAGUUUUUUUUUGUUCCCUCUUGUGCUGCUCUCUCUCACUUUAGAAGAAAAACUGUUAGCCACAAAGCAGGCGACCACUAACCAGCCAUCUACCGAACAAAGUCCUCUGUGCAAGACAGAAAAAAAACGGAGUCCGAGAGAAAAACACCAAAUUGAGGGCCAGCGAGCGGUUAAAAUCUUUUUAUUCGCCAAUUUCACCUCCUCAUUGAAGCGUAGCUGCCGCCGCUAAACCUAAUUAAUUUGUUCUUGUCCACUUUUUCUCUCCGUGUCUAGUAGGCUAGAGCCCCCGGAGUAAUAAUUGUAUAAAGAGUAAUGCAAACAGAUCCAUUCUGGCGUUGGAGUUGGACCCAUGUGAGCGUGUUGAUGUACAGUAAUUUAUAAAUUUUUAAAUUAAGUAGUGCAUAGUAGCGGCCGCCGUUUUCUCGCGUUUCGUUUUUGCUCAAUCCAAUCCAAUUCUCUUCGAGUUGCUGGAUGGGGGAAAACGUUGUACAUUUCCGUGUAUGUAGCUUUGAUUACCUCUCGUAACUCUCUGUCUCUUUCGCUCUCUGUUGUUCGAAUGUACUGGAAGCAAAACAAGCAAUAAUGUGAUUCGGAGUCAUUUGUCCCAAUGUCCGAGACCGACGACGACGAUUUCGGACAGCCCCGACUCGAAGCGCAAUGUAAAUACUGUCCCAUCCCAUUUUAGAUACGAUACGCAUACGUUUACUACUUUCCAAUCAAACAAAUUAAAUCUAUACACAAUGCGUCGCUUGUUGCAGUCUGCAAACAAGCUGCGCACUUUGACUUUAUGGAGAAAUUGCAUUGAAUAGAAAAAUUGAGGCAAAAACUCAAACUACAAAUCACAAAACAAAUCGAUGUAAGUUUACAGUACCUUUUAAGCGUGGAUGAUACAAAGAUGACGAAAAUUAAGAUAGAAGAACGAUAAUGAAAUGCUGUUUUA